GCGACGUCAAACGCUGUUCCCUACCAUGGUUGUUGUUGAUAAACUGGUUGUUAUGACUGGACAAGGCCUUGGUGUAAAUUAGGAGAGGAACCUCCGUCUCCGCCACGGGAUACCUGCCAAUGGAGGGCAUGGACAUAGACCUCGACCAAGAGCUCAUGCAGAAGUUUAGCUGCAUGGGCACCACUGACAAGGACGUCCUAAUCUCUGAGUUCCAAAGACUGCUGGGGUUCCAACUCAACCCCGCUGGCUGUGCUUUCUUCCUCGACAUGACCAACUGGAACUUGCAAGCUGCUAUAGGUGCGUACUAUGACUUUGAGAGCCCUAGCAUCAAUACCCCGUCCAUGUCCUUCGUGGAGGACGUGACGAUCGGGGAGGGGGAGUCCGUCCCGCCGGAGACACAGUUCACCAAGACAUGGAGGGUCCAGAACACAGGAGCAGAGUCGUGGCCUCCAGGUGUGUGUCUGAAGUACAUCGGUGGGGACCAGUUUGGUCAUGUGAACAUGGUGAUGGUGCGCUCGUUGGACCCCCAGGAGAUCUCUGACGUGAGUGUGCUGAUGUGUAGCCCCGCCGCCCCGGGCAUGUACCAGGGCCAGUGGAGGAUGUGCACUGCCACCGGACUCUUCUAUGGAGAUGUCAUCUGGGUGAUUCUGAGUGUGGAGGUGGGGGGGCUCCUGGGAGUAACCCAGCAGCUGUCGUCCUUCCAGACAGAGUUCAACACGCAGCCUCACCGCAACCCCGAGGGGGGAGACUUCAACCCCUUCGCCUCCCCGCAGAGGAACAAGCAUGACACCGACCGCGACCUCCUCAAAGACCCAGGAGGAUCAUGGGAAGGCUCGUCGGACGGCCAGGACGUGAACGGACUGUCACACAACGCCGUCAACAGAGCGGCCAGCCUAUCAGUUGUGGCUUACAGUCAGGGGAUCCACGGGCCGUACCCUUUCGGACAGAGCUAGAGAGACAUGCUGCUGGCCUGUCCUGGAGCUCCUGGAAAGCAGGGGGUUGGAGACCAGAGGAACACUUCUUUCAUAUGGACUCUUGAUAAGCCUCUCCCUGGCCCUGCCUCCAGCCCUGCCUCCAGCCCUUACUCCCAGCCCUGCCUCCAGUCCCUUACUCCCAGCCCCAACCCCCAAUUCACCGCCCCUUUCCCAGCCUCCGGUCCCAGCCCCUAGCACCAACUCUAGCCCCAAACCCAGCCCCACCCCUAUCCCCACCCUCGGCCCAGCCCCAGCCCCCAUCUCUGCCCCAGCCCUAGCCCCAGCCCUUCCCCAGCCCCGGCCCCCAUCUCUGCCCCACCCCCAGCCCUCAGCUUGUCCCACAAACAGGAACCACAACGAGGGCCUGGGAUGUCAGCGUUGGCUGUGUGACCAGGACCCUAGAACGUGUGGAUCCACAUGUCUGAAGGCUGAGGACAGAUCGCUCGACACCCUAAAGACACGCUACAAACACAACUUGAUUAGUUCUCUGUGAGCCGUCUGCACCUUGUGAAGCAGGUACGAGAGCUCGGCCUGGGGGCUCGUGGAAGGGGAGCCACAGGAGCAAGAAGCCAUCAAAAUCUAGUUUGCCUGGUGAGUGGUUGUAGAUUCAGGAUCUGUGUGUGUGUGCACGCCAGUGUGAGUCUGUAUGUGGGCAUGUGUGUAGGAUUUUCUUUUGGAUUUUACUGAACAUCAAGCAGUGUAUACUGUCUGGGUAUGGAUGUUGCAGCGA